AGUCGUACUUAUGUGUGCACAAUGAUUGGACACAAAAAUUCGAUGUUCGCGGUUUUUGUUCAUGUUGACGAGUGUUAUUUACGGAAUUAAGCAUUGACAUAUAGAGUUUGCGCUCACCAUUUUCAUUGUUAUUAUUUGAGCACGCACAUAAACAAUACAAUCAUCUACACUUGCUUAGUUUUCAAACAAAAUCGUAUUAAUUGUGUGAUUAAAACAGUGUCUCUAGAAAACACCCGAGGAAUCAAUGUAUCAAAUUAUGCGUUUACUUCAUCUAAAACUACAUGUGAUAUUUGGAUACCCCUGUGGACCAAAUCUUUCAAAAAAAUAGUGACUCGAAUUAAUUGAACUGUGAAUAAAGUUUCGUUGAAUGACCGAAAUGUAAUAGGAAGUGUUCUUCGAUGGUAUAAAUUUAAAAAAAAAAUCUAUUGAAAAUGAUGCCAAAAAUGGAUAAAUUGCCACGAGUGCCCGAUGCACAUGGAGAUGUUGUUGAUGAGAAGAUCUUCUCCGAUCUGUAUAUACGAACGAGUUGGGUGGAUGCUAAUGUUGCACUUGAUCAAAUUGAGAAGGGCAAAGCACAUGGUCGUCGUUCAGCACUUUAUAUUCGCUCAUUAUUCCAGUCUCAACUACAGACUCUUGGUAUAUAUGUACAGAAAAAUGCGGGCAAAAUUUUAUUUGUUGCGAUAAUAGUGUUGAGUGCUUUUUGUGUAGGAUUGAAAAGUGCAACAAUUCAUUCAAAAGUACAACAGCUCUGGAUACAAGAAGGAGGACGGUUGGAACAAGAGCUGACAUACACACAAAAAAGUUUAGGAGAAAUCGAAUCCACAACACAUCAGUUACUUAUACAAACGCCAAAAGAUCCAGACGCAUCUGUUCUGCACCCGCAGGCAUUGUUAACACACUUGGAAGUUUUGGAGAAAGCAACAUCGAUAAAAAUUGAAAUGUUUGAAAAAACAUGGGAUUUGCGCGAUAUUUGCAUUGCACCAACGAUUCCUCCGAUUGAGUUUCCUUUGGUUGAUCAAAUCUUUGAAAGAUUAAUUCCAUGUUCAAUCAUUACACCAUUAGAUUGUUUCUGGGAAGGAAGUAAAUUGCUUGGUCCCGACUACUCCCCCAAAGUUCCUGGUUGGAAUGAUCAAAUUUAUUGGACUUCAUUGAAUCCACAGAAAAUGUUGGAAACAUUGAAAAAUUCGAACCAACAAUUUCCUUUCGAUAUCGUCGAUCAAUAUUUAAAACGUGCUGGCAUAUCAACUGGUUUCACAGAGAAACCAUGCCUUAAUCCGCUUGAUCCGCUUUGUCCGAAUACAGCACCAAACAAAAAGAGUAGGUCUCAGGUUGACAUUGGUGCAGAAUUGACCGGUGGAUGUUACAGCUAUGCAGCAAAAUACAUGCAUUGGCCAGAAGAAUUAAUUGUUGGAGGGGCUGAGCGUAAUCGUACGCGCCACCUAAAACGUGCAAAAGCAUUGCAAACGGUUAUUCAAUUGAUGACUGAACGGGAAAUGUUUGAGAGCUUCAAGGGUCACUGGGAUGUGCAUCAUAUGGGAUGGUCACAAGAAAAAGCUGCUGCAGUCUUAAAUGCAUGGCAGCGGAAAUUUUCAAAUGAGGUGUCAAAGAUAAUGAAAUACGGAAAUCUAUCAAGAUCACACGAUAUUUUUGCAUUUUCAUCGUCUACUCUGGAUGAUAUACUUAGUAAAUACUCAAACCCCAACACUCUGAGUCUAUGCAUUUUUAUUGGGGUCACCAUUGUUUAUGCGGUAAUCAUAUCGAUAAGAUACAAAGAUCCUAUUCGUGGUCAAGGUGCUGUCGUUAUCGCAGGAGUUCUCCUAAUUGGAAUGGCAACCGCUGCUGGCUUAGGACUUUGUGCCAUGUUGGGAAGAGCAUUUAAUGCAUCUACGACGCAAGUCAUUCCAUUCCUUGCCAUCGGAUUGGGUGUAAACCAUAUAUUUGUAUUGACCCAUGCAUACGCUGAAAGCAAUACAUGCAACCAAACGAAAGACGUUCUAAAGAAGGCAGGUCCCACAAUUUUGUUAAGCGCUAGCACAGCAAUUGCGUCCUUUUUUGCAGCUGCAUUGAUACCUGUACCAGCGUUGAAGAUAUUCUGUAUCCAGUCAGCUAUCGUAAUGUGCUUCAAUUUAGCAGCAUCACUUUUAGUUUUUCCAGCCAUGAUUUCACUAGAUCUUCGCCGUCGACAAUCUGGCAGAAAAGAUUUCUUUUGUUGCUGUUAUCCGCCCAUGAAACAAUCUCAGAAUACACCUGGCAAUGGAAACAAUCGAAUGAAUGGUGCAGAUCAAAGUCUUAUUGUAAGAUAUGCCGAUAAAAACAUUUCCAAAUUCUCACUAUCACAAUUUGCGUAUAAGUAUUAUGCAAAAUUCAUAACUCAGGGAUCUAUCAAAUUCUUCGGCAUGUUGAUUUUGGCUGGAGUCAUGGGAUAUAGCCUCAUUAAUGCUAUGAAGAUAGAGGAUGGCCUGGAUCUGUUCGAUCUAGUUCCAAAAAAUACAAAUGAACAUCAAUUUUUGAACAUACAGAGCAAAAUGUUCAGUUUUUACAAUAUGUUUGCGGUGACGCAGGGAGAUUUUGAAUAUCCAACUAACCAGAGGUUGCUGUAUGAAUACCAUGAAGCAUUCGUUCGUGUUCCACAAGUCAUAAAAAACGAUAACGGUGGUUUACCUGACUUCUGGUUGAGCAUGUUUCGCGACUGGCUAAUCAAUUUACAGAAUGCAUUUGAUCGUGACUAUAAACAUGGCAAAAUUACACAGGAAAGAUGGUAUAGAAAUGCCAGUACUGACGCCAUAUUGGCCUACAAAUUGUUAGUUCAAACAGGAUAUGUGGAUAAUCCAAUCGAUAAGUCAUUGGUAACAACAAAUCGAUUGGUUGAUAGUGAAGGUAUCAUAAAUCCAAAGGCAUUUUAUAACUAUUUAUCAGCGUGGGCAUGGAAUGAUGUAUUCUCCUACAGUGCCUCACAGGGUAAACUCCGACCAGAGCCUCGAGAAUGGACUCAUUCACCUGCAGAUUACGAGCUUAAAAUUCCGAAAAGUGCCCCUCUUACAUAUACACAACUGCCUUUUUAUUUACAUGGUUUGAGUGACACACCAGAGAUCCGUACACUUAUUAGCACAAUCAGAGAGCUGUGUGGAAAGUUCGAGGGUCGUGGCCUACCGAAUUAUCCAUCUGGAAUUCCGUUCAUUUUCUGGGAACAGUAUAUGGACCUGAGAAUAUACUUGUCAUUAAUCAUACUAUGUGUCCUCUGCGCGACCUUCAUUUGCGUUGGAAUCCUAUUAUUAUCUGCCUGGGCCGCGGUGUUAAUAGUAUUUAAUGCUGUUUCUACCCUCAUUCAGCUAGUAGGCAUAAUGACUUUUCUAGACAUGAAAUUAUCGGCUAUACCAGCUGUAAUAAUGGUGCUGAGUGUUGGAUUAUCAGUUAGCUUCACCGUUCACGUUUCACUGGGCUUCAUCACUUCAGUGGGUAAUCGCGAUCGUCGCAUACGACUUGCUCUACAAUCAUCCUUCGCGCCUGUUGUCCACGCAACUCUCACAUCACUUUUGGCUGUCUUUAUGUUGUCUACAUCUCAAUUCGAUUUUAUAGUUCGCCAAUUUUUUUGGUUACUUCUAGCUGUAAUGUUGAUCGGAAUUGUAAACGGUUUGUUCUUUUUUCCUAUUCUGUUGAACCUUGUCGGUCCAGCACCUGAACUCGUUCCACUUGGACACCCUGACCGAAUAUCCACCCCAUCUCCACCGACAUAUCGACAAAAACGAUCAAAAUCAUACAACACUAAUCGACAUUCAACAAAUUCAUCCUCGUCACGUUCUUACCAAAAACCAUAUCACAAACAACAUACAAACAUGAAAGACGAACCAAGUCUAACCACAAUAACAGAAGAACCACAUUCAUGGAAGAGCUCAUCAUCUUCAAUGUCAACCAAUGGACACCAUACAGAACACCAAUUCAGUGCCAAUACACAGAAUUCUUCCAACAAUUUGUCAGAAUUGCAAAGUAUCGUUGUGCAGCCUGAAGUAAUUGUUGAAACUUCACAAAAUGGCGGAGACUCGAACACAAUGAAAGUAACGGCAACAGCGAACAUUAAGGUUGAACUAGUGACACCUAGAAUAACAAGAACAUAUAGCCAUAGCUAAUGAUGUAGCGCAGAAAAUCUGUAAUUUUUGUAUGCCACUGUGUCUGUACAAUGAGGUUGACAUCGGACCAGACAUACUAUACAAAAGCAAUAGACAUGAAGACGCUUGUUAUGAAUGCAAUCGUGGAUCAUUUUCGAUACAUAAAAUAUUUAUAGAAAGAUUGUUUAGGGUGGCUAUUUUCACGUAAUAUCGUGCGCGAUUGUUUUUGAAAUAGUACCAUUGGAUAUAACCACGUAAAAAGGACUAUCACACAUUUUGAUAUUGUCCGGCUAUUUUUCGGAUUAUGAUUUAUAACCACUUUAUGACAUCUACAUUCGACAGAUUUGAAUGAAACCUCAAAUAGUAUUAUUCAAAUCAAAUUUUCAAAAUAUUCUUCCUAUUUCAAAGGGAAAAUUACAAAUACAGUUAGGCUAUAUUUGUGAUUUAAAAAUUAAGCCAUAACCAAUUGUUUUAUUAAAUGAAAUGGUUUUCCAUGUUGCCAACAUUUCAACGUUCAAAUGCUUUCAACGUCGUCCCCGUGUGUAAAUAAAAUUAUAGGAUCUGUUUAAGUGCCACUUAAAGUUUAAAAUACAAACCCAAAAAUUUAGUUUCUACGUUGAAACCAAUGUAUAAAGUUGUAAUUUUAAUUGCUUCUGCCUGAACUAAAUUUUAUAUUUAUGAUAUAAUGGGAUAUCAUCGAAUAUUCAUCUUCGGGAAAACUUGAAAAGGAUAUAUAAGAAUGAUUGCGCGUUGGUCAAAUAUUAUUAGUAUAUUGAAAUGACUUCUGAAUAUUGAUUGCAGAAGUGAAAUAAUCAAAAUGAAUUCAGGUUACCAAUAAUCCGGAUGGGUUGUAUGUCAACAAUCAUCAUUUACGAAUCCAUUAUACAAACAAAGGCAAAAGUUAUUCUGAGACUUAAUAAUACUGAACCACAUACUCAUGACAAACAAAUGAAAUGUUAACAAGUAAAUUAUUUCCUACUAAUUUUAUUGGAUUAACUUAAUAAUUUAUUGAAAAAUUAAGAUAUAUUUCGUAUUUAAUGUUUGCAAAUCAAAUCCUAUUGAUAAACUAUGUUUGUCUUUUGAUGCACUACUGAUUGCAUUCGUUGAACGUUUACAUUUACAGUUCACACUUGUGCUGAACAAACACUUUUCACUACCUCAAACACCUUAUGUUAAAAAUUUAUUGACUUUGAAGCCUCCAGUUCGUUGCUAUCAAGUAGCCACAUGAAGUGCACAGAAAUAUGUAAAAUAAUAAUUUAAACUUACAAAAGGAAGUUUCUCAAAUUGAUGAAAUAUGAAGUUCAUUUUCAAGAGAUUCGUCUAACACAGAUUUACCCACGAUAUUAUAUUACUAUAACGCUAAUAAGAUAUUAUAUUAUCGAUAAUAUAUUAUUGCAAUAUAACUAUAUCGUUUUGUUUACGUUAAUAACUGACAUACCAUCCGUGUUGGCAUCUUUGGCCAAUCCUAUCUCCAGGUAUGCCAAACAGCUGCUAUUUGCUUGAGAUUCUUCUUUUGAAAAUGAAUUUUGCAGAUAUUUUUCUCAAUCAGAAAGAGAUUAAAAAUUUGGAGGAUUUCGGAAAUUCCGAGCUCAUACGAACUAACCAAUUUGACUGCAAAUGGUACAUUGGAAGAUUAUUACUGUUAAUUCUUCCAUAAGAAAUACGUUGCCAAUGUGAUAGUUUUGUUACAUUAUCCGUAGGCAAAAUGGGUUAAUCAACAAAAUGAAAUGUUAUUAACGAUACGAUAUAAUUAUAUUAAUUCAAUAAGCUAAAGUGAUAAAUUCGCAAUGGAAAUCAUAGAGAGAACAGAGUCGAGGAUAACUUUUUUUUGAAGUAAUUGAAUGUAAGGAAAAAUGAAUACACUUCAUCAUAUUAAUAACAGCACAAUAAAAUAAGCAUACACUCACUUUCGAUUCAUGCCGUUUUCACUUGAAGCAAAAUGAUAAAUCCGUGAUGAUACUAAUUCAAAAUUAUCAUCGUAAAAGAGAAAUUAAAAAACAACUCUUAAAAACAAUAAGAAAUCUAUUUUAUAAGUAAACCGAUCCAACAUCUAAAUAAUAUAAAACUGGAAAUACGUUUUUAACUUCUUCAAAUAAAACAAAACAAAGAAGUUACAAGACAAAAAGAAACAAAUAAAAAUUAGUGGUAGUUUAUUGUGAGGAACUUAUAGUAUAAAUAUUUUGAAAAUCAAUAAAAAUGAAAUCAGAACUAAAA